UUGUACUAUAAAUAUUUAUCAUCAUUAUAUUAUUUCUCAUGUGCAAAUAAAAACAUCACAAACAAAACUUUGCUCAAGCUAGCUCACAUUCUUUUUUCCAAUGGAAGAGUCCUGGGAAAAUUUUCAUCUUGACACGGAAUUGGAUUGUGGUGAUGAUUAUUUCAUAGGGGACGAUUUUCUUCAAGAUAUUUUGUUACAAACACCACCACAAAGUUUAAUGUAUUCAGAAAGUGAAAACAAUUCUGUUACUGUUAACGUUAACGGUGGUGUUGAGUUUGUUGGGAACAUGAUCAAAAGUAACAGUUCAAACUCAAUCGUGUCUCAACAACAUCAACCACAAGAACAAGAACAAGAACAUGGUUUGAAAUCGAAAAAGGUUCCUCGGAGAAGUUCUUCUCCAAAGACAUAUAUUUUGUCUUUUGAUAAUUCAACUAUGAUACCAGCUACACCUAAUUAUAAGAAUAAACGUAGCCAUGAAAGUAAUCAAAAGAGUGAAAUGAAAAUAAAUCAACAAAAUGGAGUGAAGAGAGGUAGAAGCAGUUCACAGUGUAUUGAUCAUAUAAUGGCAGAGAGAAAACGAAGACAGGAGUUGUCUGAGAAAUUCAUUGCACUUUCAGCCACUAUUCCCGGCUUGAGCAAGACAGACAAGGCUUCAAUACUUCGAGAAGCAAUUGAUUAUGUGAAACAACUUAAAGAACGUGUUGAUGAGCUCGAGAAACAAGACAAAAAUGUUGGUGUCACGCCGGUGAUGGUUCUCCGGAAACCUUAUUCAUGUGGAAACAAUAAUUACAAUGAAGACACGAAUUCGAGUGAAACAAGUUGUGAUGGUGAUUGUAAGAACAAUAUCCUUCCAGAGAUUGAAGCAAAAGUCAUUGGAAAGGAAGUGCUUAUUGAAAUCCAUUGUGAGAAACAAAAUGGAAUUGAACUCAAAUUAUUUAACCAUAUUGAAAAUCUUCAACUCUUUGUCACUGGUAGCAGUGUCUUGCCUUUUGGGAAAUCUGCUAUUUCCAUCACUAUUAUUGCUCAGAUGGGUGGUGGGUACAAAGUGACAGUGAAUGAUCUAGUGAAAAGCAUUAGGAAAGUGCUAUUGAAAUAAGAUGUGAAAGUGAUCCGUACUAGUGUAUCAAAAAAAAAAUAUUAGAACAAAGUUCUAUUGUGUGGAAUUGCAAGUUUUUAAUUCUAUGCUCUUUUUAGGUUUUUA